GAAUACUUUCAAUGAUACCAUUUGCGGUCGGUUACCUCAAAUAGCAACUGACAGCAAAUUGGCGAUAUUUGCCGUCAGUGGCUUCCUCUCACAAAGUGUCAGCAAAUAUUUGAGGCAAUGAUGGGCUUAUCUGAGUCCGUUGAUGGUGAUUUUUGCCUCCCAUAGCGGCAGAUUACAAGUUUACGUGAGUACCAUCUUUUGCGGCUAUAUUUGUGGCCACUGUUGAUGAUGCUCUUAUGUCUUAAAACAUGGGCUAAUCCUACCACUACUCGAGUACCCCAUACCGAAAGUUAUCAGAGCGACAGGAAAAGCCCUGUCGGAGUGCUAGCAGCCAGCUCUGAAACUAGCUUGCCAGUCAAACUAUCGAACAACUCUUCUGCUUUGGAAUCUCCAUGCGUGAGGCACUUGGCGGAUCUAGUUGUCGCAUUUCCCUUUUUGCCGCAGAAGGGACAGAACUUGCCUUUGACAUUGACACAGGUGACAGCACCGAUGGCAGCAAGACGAUCUUGCCGUUCUGUAGACAAGUUGGGAUGAUUCAGCUGGCGAUGCAACCAAUAACCCAAAGCUUUGUCUCUCCUGAACGUGGUACCCUGCCUGCAGUGGCCAUGAGGAGUAUGCACAAAGGCUUCAACCUGGCCAAAGUUGGUCUCCCAUAUCUCAUCAUGUGGUCCCCUGGUGGAACUCAUGUCAAUGCCAAGAGAAGGCCAACCUGUUUGCAGAUACGGAGAGAGCAUGUUUCUUCUGAUAGUUCAGAAAUAGGAACAAUCCAGGAUGAUGAUGCUUCAAUCGGCUCUGGUCUAGGAGACUGCUGGCAUCCAAAUUGGUUCUCACUUUCAUCAAAUCCUGCAAUUCCUUGUACGAUGUCAUCCAUACUUUCUUUCCUUGGUGAGCCUUAUAGCUAGCUAGUAGUCAUGCCCAUUAUCCAUGGGUUUGGAUCGCUUCAUAGAAAACAGCAAGGCUGUUUUUAACCUUUGAUCUUUGAGUGUUGAAGCAGCUCUGCGCUCUUAAUGAGCGAAAUUUAUGUUUCUUCGUGGUUGGAUAAAAAGCAAUACUCCCUGACGGUUAGACGCCUGCCUGCCAUCGCUUUCAACAGUUCGGUCUUUGGAUCCCUUUUGAAGAAAAGCAAUUGUCAGCUCUCCAUUACCUGAAGGCAAGAUGGCAUCCGAAGAGCGCUUCAUCCCCCCUCGUCAAAAGCUGGACCAGCUUAGUGUGGUAAAGGACUAUGCGACAGUUCCUCGCCUCGAAUAUCGUACCAUUGCUGGUGUGAAUGGUCCUCUUGUCAUUUUGGACAAUGUCAAGCUUCCCAAGUACGCUGAGAUUGUCAACUUGACGCUCGGCGAUGGCACCCAGCGCUCGGGUCAAGUCUUGGAGGUGGCUGGAAGCCGUGCCGUUGUGCAAGUGUUUGAGGGUACUGCAGGUAUUGAUAACCGAAAGACUCGUUGUGAAUUCACCGGAGAUGUGUUGAAGAUGGGAGUUUCAGAGGAGAUGCUUGGACGAUCCUUUAAUGGAUCUGGAAAGGUGAUUGAUUCUGCACCCAAGGUCCUCGCUGAGGCAUAUUUGGAUAUCAACGGACAGCCCAUCAAUCCUUCUUCUCGUGAUUACCCCAAAGCCAUGAUCCAAACCGGUAUUUCGGCCAUUGACGUCAUGAACUCUAUUGCUCGAGGUCAAAAAAUUCCGAUUUUCUCGGCUGCUGGUCUUCCACACAACGAAGUCGCUGCCCAGAUUGCACGUCAGGCAUCUUUGGUCAAGCAGAGUGAUACUAUGGAUGGCCAUGAGGACAACUUCGCCAUUGUGUUCGGUGCUAUGGGUGUGAAUAUGGAAACUGCUCGUUUCUUCCGCUCUGAUUUCGAAGAAAGUGGAGCCAUGCAGCGAACUGCUCUCUUCCUCAACUUGGCCAAUGAUCCUACUAUUGAACGUAUCAUUACACCUCGUUUGGCGUUGACAACUGCCGAGUAUCUCGCCUACGAGCGUGAUUUGCACGUUCUUGUCAUUUUGACAGAUAUGUCUUCCUACGCAGACGCUCUUCGUGAGGUUUCUGCCGCUCGAGAAGAAGUGCCUGGACGACGUGGUUACCCCGGUUACAUGUACACAGAUUUGUCUACAAUCUAUGAGCGUGCUGGUCGUGUGGUUGGACGCAACGGAUCCAUUACCCAGCUUCCCAUUCUUACCAUGCCUAACGACGACAUUACGCAUCCAAUUCCUGAUCUUACAGGAUACAUCACAGAGGGACAAAUCUACUUGGACCGUCAGCUGCAUACAAAGGGUGUCUUCCCUCCAAUCAAUGUGUUGCCGUCUUUGUCGCGUCUGAUGAAAUCCGCCAUUGGUGAGGGCAUGACCCGUUCGGAUCACGGAUCGGUUUCCAAUCAGCUGUACGCAUCUUAUGCCAUGGGUAAGGAUGUCAUGGCCAUGAAGGCAGUUGUUGGAGAGGAAGCCUUGUCGAUGGAGGAUCAUUUGUACUUGAGCUUCUUGGAAAGGUUCGAAGGCAAGUUUGUGUCUCAAGGUCCCUACGAGGCCCGUUCUAUCUUUGAGUCCUUGGAUCUUGCCUGGAGCAUUCUUCGUGCUUUCCCCAAGGAACUACUCAAGAAGAUCCCCAAGAAGACUUUGGACAAGUUCUAUGCUCGUCGUCGAGAAGCCCAGGAAGAAAUGAACCAAGCCUCGGGCGCAAACUAAGGGAUGUCGUGAAGACUGUCUUUAUUCUUUUUCAAUUGUAUGCGAUCUUGCAGAAACUAAAACUAAGAGCUAGAGUCCUCAGUAAAUCCCUC